CCCAAAACAUACGAUUUAAUUGUGGGUCAUUUUGGGACAAGGAGUGCAGACUGGUGCAGACCUGGUUGUCAAUGGGAGACCAGGGAGUCAACUGUGCGCUAGGUCAAAACCCAUCAUUAUCAUCAAUUACGAAAGAAACAAAAUCAUGGCAUUAUACAUAUUUUAUUAGAUCUGAGAUACAUAGAUUGAUAUUUUUACCAACAUAUCGAUUUUAUACCGAGACAUUGAGCAUUUUCCCAACACAUACCAUGGUUUAAACGAAAGAUUUCUUGUUUAUCACACAAACGUCGUGACGCAAUAUGACAACCUAAACGCGAUUGGUCAACCGUCUGAUGGACCGGAGUAUUUUUGAACUGGAAUUUAUAUCCUGAUUGAUGUCAUCCUUUUUUUUAAAAUAUCUGCUCGAACUCGAUUAUCUCUGUUAUUCUUUCGCUUUAAUUCAUAAGACUUACGGUGCAUAGAAACUAGAACGUAAGGAAGCUAUGUCUUCGCGGAAGAGAAAUAGCGAAAUAGACGAGGUUACAGUCGGAAGGAAGUUAAUGACAUUGGAAUCGAGCGGCUUGGAUGAGCCGGGCAAGGAGAGCGUUCAUGAAGUAAUCAAGUAUGGUGCCUCAUCUCUGCCAGCCAAGCACUAUGACCCAGACACCACUGAGCCAAUCGGCUCGGGCCUUCAGGACCUGGACGAGCUGUUGUCCUGGAACCUUAGCAUGGCCAACCCCUUCAACGUGGCAAAGGUGCCCCUGGCCAAUCGGGAGCCUCCACUGGCCAGCACGCCGCGCCGGACUCUGGUGAGUCACGACAUGAUGGGCGGAUAUCUGGAAGACCGGUUUCUGCAAGGGGCAGAGUCGGAAGCUCCUUAUGUCUUCUACCACUGGCAGUACAUUGACGUGUUCAACUACUUCAGCCACAACAUGGUGACCAUCCCCCCUGCUGUCUGGACCAACGCAGCACACAAACAUGGAGUCAUCGUCCUGGGAACCUUUAUCACCGAGUGGACAGAUGGUGGAAAGAUGUGCGAGGUCUUCCUGAAAGAGGAGGAGUCUUACAGGGCUGUUGCCGAUAGGCUGUUUCAGAUAUCCCACUACUACGGCUUCGACGGUUGGCUAAUCAACAUUGAGAACACAUUAAGUGAGACGGCAGUGAAAAACACUCCCCGGUUCCUGCGCUACCUGACGGACCAGAUGCAUGAGAGACUCCCCGGCAGCAUGGUGCUGUGGUACGACUCGGUCCUGGAGAACGGACAGCUCAACUGGCAGAACCAACUCAACAAAUCCAACAGCGUGUUUUUUUCUGCGUGUGAUGGUAUCUUCACCAACUAUAACUGGACGGAGCAGAGCCUAGAGGACAUGAAGGCCUUCUCCGGAGCCGAAGGCCGCAUGGCCGACAUAUUUGUCGGGGUGGACGUGUUCGCCAGGGGGGAGGUGGUGGGAGGGAAGUUGGAGACCAAUAAGGCCCUGGAGCUGAUCCGUAAGCAUGACUUCUCCACGGCCAUCUUUGCCCCAGGCUGGGUGUACGAGAGCAUCCCUGACAAGGCUAGCUUCAGACAGGAACAGGACAAGUUCUGGUCUCUCCUGGCUGACUUCCUGUAUAUCCACCGGUACUCCUCGCCCCUCCCUUUCGUCUCAUCCUUUUGCCAGGGCUUUGGGACCAACGUCUACUGGAGGGGAAAGCGUGAGGCAGAUGGCAGCUGGUUUAACCUGGAUGCCCAGCAGCUGCAGCCUCUCUACUACAGAGACACCCUGGAGGGAGAGGGCUGGCUGAGGACCCGAGGCUGCCCCGAAGAUGCCUGGAAUGGGGGCAGCUCCCUGGUCGUAGAGGGCGUCAUACCAUCCACGCUGACCAAAGUCUGUGCCAGGAUCUUCUCCCUCCAGGUGCCCCUCUCCACCAGGACCUUUGUGUCUCUAAUCUAUAAGCCGUCUCCAGGGGUCACUGUUUCUCUGGAGUUAAAGACCGCUGAUGCUAAUCUUUGUACCCUCACAGCCAGCAGUGUUCAGCCUGCUGUCUUGGGUGAGGAGCACCAGUUGGUCAGACAGUUCUCUCAGAGUUGUGGACAAUGGAACCCUGAUGGGUGGACGGUCAGGUGUUCCCAGUUGGAGCUGCAAGGCUGUGCUCUGAGGGAUGUGUGUGUGAGCGUUCAGCGCGACGGGGGCCAUCUGGACACAUCCUUCAAAUGCAGAGUUGGAGAAAUCAUGAUCCUGGAUGCGGAGUCUCUCUCCAUUCCACUCCUCUCAGUUGAGGCUGUGCGGGUUUCUGACGUGGUUUGGCUGAGGGAAGGCGACAAGCUCCUCCUCAACGCUACCCUGACCUGGGAGUACCCGGCCCAGCUCGUACGCCACUUCCUGGUGCACUGGCGCCGCCUGCGAGGCCCUGAUCCCCGGAUCCCCCCGAGCAGCCUGACCCUGGUUGCUCGAUCCUACGCCCCCCUGUUCCGGGUGACGGAGUUGGAGGUUCCGGAAGCUCCGGGUCUUCUAGAACUGGUGGUGCAACCAGUGUCCAGGGAGGGGUUCUAUGUCCCGGAGUCCCAAUGGGGGAGGCAGAGUUUAAGUUAUUCGGAGGAGAGGAUGGGCUAAACGCAGGAGGAGCUGCUCAAUCGCUGUGCGAAGUGAUGAAGGGACAUUUUUGUUCUUUGCAUUUCAACUUCAAUUUCUUUCUCUUUUAUAAACUGAUAAUGACACUUUUGGCAUCACUCAGUAGACAUCACUCAGUAGACAUCACUCAGUAGACAUCAAUCAGUAGACAUCAAUCAGUAGACAUCACUCAGUAGACAUCACUCAGUUUUUUUGGUACACCCCCCACCCAAAUGGAUUGCUCCUGCAUGGAGUCACAUGCUGUAUAAAGCAGGCAGACAGGCACUGAGGCAUUUUCAGUUACUGUUCAACUGAACAUUACAACUGGCAAAAUGAAUGGCUCAAGCGACUCUGGCAGUGGUUUAAUCGCCGGCCUGAGACGUUUUGGUUCUGGUAUCUCAGGAACCGAUAGUGUAAUGGCCUAUGGAAUGUUUUCCUGGCACGUGUUAGGGCACUUGACAUCAACUGAACAGUGUUUGAACCCACUGCUUGUAGUGGGUUCACAUAACUGCUUGUAGGCUUUCUGGCAGUUUUUUGGAGUCAGCACUGUGCAUUUGUUUAUCUAUUGGUAAUCAAAAGCUGUACCUCUCAAUUUCUUGGCUUGCAGUGACUUACAGCUUCAUUAAUAAAGCUGCAAUGAAUGUAUGCAAAUAGACUAGGAUAUUCUACAUCUACACAGAAUUGUUAGUGCAGAAUAUUUGACUGAACGCAGACUUGUUAGUCCAGACGCUUAUAUUUUCAUAAUCAUUAAUGUCGUAAUUUCUCAAUGUCUUAAGAAUGAUCCUCUUCCUCUCUGGUUUUAUUUACACAACUUUUCUUAAUAUUAACCCAAGUCAGUGUUGCAGUGCUCUUAAUAUUAAUAUAAAUAU